AUGGUGCCCACUUUCCUUACAUCGGAGAGUGUCCUUGCUGAACUUCAUUUCGCACCUCUGUUGCAACUGGGCACGCCCAGACUGAUCUGUCCGUGUGACUUUGUGCAGGUGGCUGUGACUACGAAGACAAAUGAGGAUGACGUCAGCACCCAGUAUGUGCUCGACUUCAUGGGGAAGAUCAUUUCUCAGAAACCGUCUCACUUAGGUCAAGGUACCACAGUGAGUGUACUGAAGCUUUUCAAGAACCUUCCAGUCAGGAGGCAGUACUAUUCCUCCACAAAGAAAUGUAAGGAAGAAGUAAAGAAAGUGCAGGAGCUGCUCGUGGCGUACGCCAUCAUAAGACCCGAUCUGCGUCUCACGCUCACUCAUAACAGGGUGGUGGUUUGGCAGAAGACCAAGGUUGCUGAUCACAGAAGCGCCCUUCUUGCUACACUGGGGUCCAGUGCUGUUGCCAACCUGCUUCCUUGCCACCAUCAGCAAGAACAACCAGAGAUUUUAUUGGAUGGCUUUUUCCCGAAGCCUGGAGCAGAUCAUAGUUCUACAAGCUCAAGUAGCCCUGACAAAACAUUCAUCUUUGUCAACAAUCGACCUGUCCAAAACAAGAUAUUGUUGCGUCAGCAUUACGCAGCGCAGUAUGCAGACGACUCGGCUCGAAAUCGCUAUCCCCACCUCAUGCUCAGGAUCACAGUUCCACCAUACUCCGUGGACGUCAAUCUGACACCGGACAAGACCCAAGUUCUUCUUCAUCAUAAGACCACAAACAGCAGCUCAUCAUCCUCUGUAGCAGAUGACUGGGUCCUCAACCAGAUCUCAGGUGGCGCUAACCCUAACGUUGUCAUCUUCGAUGAUGAAACAGCUCUGCUCUGCCCUCAGCCACCAGAAACAAAUUCAGCAAGCAAGUCCUCGGAGAGUUGUGUGAACAGCUCAGUGCCAGGUAUGGAGGCAAGAAACGACCAGCUGUCUGCUGAGACCUGGAGCAGAGGGACGGCUUUAACAGAUCCUGUGUCAGGAGAAGCACUGCAGCCCGUCAAACUCCAUCAAACGUCAAGGCUUGCCAGGUGUGACUCAGAGUCCCGUGGUCGUAGACCUGGCCACCAGGUGCUCGCCUGCCAGCUCCCCCCUCCAGGCCUAACACCAGAAAGAGGCUCCAGUAUCCCUGUGGGUGGCAAGGUGGCUCCAUCCCUACUUGUGUCCACCUUACAGGGUCAUAAAAAUCACUCUGUCUCCUCACCUGCGACCAAUUUGCCCAUGGUGGCCCUACCAGGCGCUAAUGCUCCAGACAACAUAGUGCCCAGGAUCACUGGAGCACCCAAAGCCCUCCACCACAAUAAGGUGAUGAUGCAGGGAUCUUUAAAAGGAGGACCAGAGAGUGUGUUCCAGUUACAGAGGGAUUACACUUCUCAGCCUUCCUGGGAAAGUCUAUGCCAGGGUACGAGGAAAAGGCAAAAAAAACACAUGGAGACCCACGACCACCGAACCAAAGUGGUCUCUGCCGAAGAGCCACAGAAGAAGCAAAGUGCAAACACUACAAGGACCAAUCUGAUGGGCCAAAAACGCAAGGCCCCGCUCUCCAACCAGCAGCUGCUAGAUGAGCUCUUCUCUGCACAGCCCCCCAAAAAGAUGAGGACCCCUUCAUCUAAAUCCUCACAGCCCCUCCUCUGCAGCAUGGCUGCCCUUCGGCUGCGGCUUCAGCGGCUGUCGCAGCAGAACGGCUCAGUGCCGCGGGGCCCCAGUUGUAAACCGACUGGCCUCUCAGAGCGCCUGGGUCAUUUUAUGUGUUCUGAAAUGUAUCUUGAUCUGACUGAGCUGACCAAGACGCAGUUAAACAUGAUUGUUUCUCAUUCUUUAAGGACUCUAGGGGGAGCUGAGUAUACUCAGGCUUUGUGCACCAUGGAGAAGCAGUCUCCUGAGCUGGACGGAGGUACCAUCUUCUCUGAUCCCAGACUUGUGAGGGGGCUAAGUUUGACCUCCAAAGCCAUUUGUGUUCUGGUGGCCCAGUUACAGGUAGGUGUACAGUCUGCUUCACUUGAUGGGGACUUAAUGACUUUGACCAGUGUCUUGUUGUUCCAGGUGGUGGUUUGGCAGAAGACCAAGGUUGCUGAUCACAGAAGCGCCCUUCUUGCUACACUGGGGUCCAGUGCUGUUGCCAACCUGCUUCCUUGCCACCAUCAGCAAGAACAACCAGAGAUUUUAUUGGAUGGCUUUUUCCCGAAGCCUGGAGCAGAUCAUAGUUCUACAAGCUCAAGUAGCCCUGACAAAACAUUCAUCUUUGUCAACAAUCGACCUGUCCAAAACAAAGAUAUAAUGAAGUUGUUGCGUCAGCAUUACGCAGCGCAGUAUGCAGACGACUCGGCUCGAAAUCGCUAUCCCCACCUCAUGCUCAGGAUCACAGUUCCACCAUACUCCGUGGACGUCAAUCUGACACCGGACAAGACCCAAGUUCUUCUUCAUCAUAAGGAGUCUGUGCUGACUGCAGUAGAGACCAUGCUGGUUUCUCUCUAUGGCUUCCAGCCUACCGCCGACACCCCCCACACAAACCAGCCAGGUCACAUUAUAUCUUCCUCACCAGCUCAUUCUAUGCAGACUGACGCAUUACACCGAUAUGAUAAAGCUGCUGGGAAUAAUGGAUGUGUUGCUGAUGAAAGUGGCACCGUCUUCAAAGCAGCAUCUGAACACUUGGAUGUAAUGAUGUCCACAAGUAGGGAUGCUUCACUGGACCAUCAGACCACAAACAGCAGCUCAUCAUCCUCUGUAGCAGAUGACUGGGUCCUCAACCAGAUCUCAGGUGGCGCUAACCCUAACGUUGUCAUCUUCGAUGAUGAAACAGCUCUGCUCUGCCCUCAGCCACCAGAAACAAAUUCAGCAAGCAAGUCCUCGGAGAGUUGUGUGAACAGCUCAGUGCCAGGUAUGGAGGCAAGAAACGACCAGCUGUCUGCUGAGACCUGGAGCAGAGGGACGGCUUUAACAGAUCCUGUGUCAGGAGAAGCACUGCAGCCCGUCAAACUCCAUCAAACGUCAAGGCUUGCCAGGUGUGACUCAGGUGAGGUCAACAGCCAGAGCAGCUCAAACAAAACCAUGUUAAAUGCUAUAACGGAGAAACGGGCCGGUCUGACGGCCUACGACCUGAUCAGCAACCGUGCCAUGAAGACGCCACAGUCUCCGGCUGCCCUGUUUGAGAGGGAGGCCAGAGUUGAGGUCCUUAGGGAGAACCCCACAGCCAGCCUUCAGGACAUCAGCGACGCUGUUCACGAGAGGUGGAAAAAUCUGAGGGAGGAAGACCGUAAGAAGUACGAGGAAAAGGCAAAAAAACACAUGGAGACCCACGACCACCGAACCAAAGUGGUCUCUGCCGAAGAGCCACAGAAGAAGCAAAGUGCAAACACUACAAGGACCAAUCUGAUGGGCCAAAAACGCAAGGCCCCGCUCUCCAACCAGCAGCUGCUAGAUGAGCUCUUCUCUGCACAGCCCCCCAAAAAGAUGAGGACCCCUUCAUCUAAAUCCUCACAGCCCCUCCUCUGCAGCAUGGCUGCCCUUCGGCUGCGGCUUCAGCGGCUGUCGCAGCAGAACGGCUCAGUGCCGCGGGGCCCCCGUCUUGUAAACCGACUGGCCUCUCAGAGCGCCUGGGUCAUUUUAUGUGGUCAAAAGCUCAUGUUGUUAAAUCCAUUUCGGGUGGAGGAAGCCUUGCUGUUUAAGAGACUUCUGGAGAACAAUAUACUUCCAGCAGUGUGCCUGCAGAACCCGAUACCGUUAACAGAUGGGACUCUAGGGGGAGCUGAGUAUACUCAGGCUUUGUGCACCAUGGAGAAGCAGUCUCCUGAGCUGGACGGAGGUACCAUCUUCUCUGAUCCCAGACUUGUGGCAAAUGGGUUUAAAAUCAGAUUCACUCCAGGCCUCACCUCAGCCGAGACACAUCUGGAAGUGACAGCAAUGGCAGACUGCGUGCCGUACUUUGGCGUGGCGGACCUGAGGGAGGUUCUAACUGCUGUCGUGCACAGAAAGGCCAAGACUGUGCACGAGUGCCGGCCACUCAAAGUCACCAACUAUCUUCAAGGUGAAGCAGUCAGGCUGGCUCGCCAGCUGCCUACGAAUUUAUCCAGAAAAGACGUGGAAGAAAUCCUUCUACGGAUGGAACAACAGCUCGGCCAGAGCAGCCAGAACUGCACUCACGGUCGGCCGUUUCUUCAUCAUUUAUCCGAUGUCCCACGUACAGAGCUGGAAGCCAAGGCCCUGCUCGUACCCUUGGACUCGUAAAUAAGUAGACACAUCUUUGACAAGUCGCAGUCACUCUGUGUAAACAGCACUCACUCUGGAGGUGAUUAUCCUCCAACUCCAUGACCUGAAUUAUUUUUCAUUUUGCUCUCAUUCUCAAACACAAUAUUUCUUGUGCUUUUCUACCUGUCAAAAUUAAAUUGAACAUUUAAAUUUGU